AUGGACACUGCCUGCAGCUGCGCGGGAGUCGCCCUAUACGAGGGGGUCAAAGCGCCCCUCCAGACGGCGGCCCACGAGGCGAGGAAACUCCUCAUUGUUGGCGAUGGGGAUGGCGAUGGGGAUGGCGAUGGGGAUGGGGAUGGCGAUGGGGAUGGGGAUGGGGAUGGCGAUGGGGAUGGGGAUGGCGAUGGGGAUGGGGAUGGGGAUGGCGAUGGCGAUGGGGAUGGCGAUGGGGAUGGCGAUGGGGAUGGGGAUGGCGAUGGGGAUGGCGAUGGGGAUGGCGAUGGGGAUGGGGAUGGCGAUGGCGAUGGGGAUGGCGAUGGGGAUGGCGAUGGCGAUGGGGAUGGCGAUGGGGAUGGCGAUGGGGAUGGGGAUGGCGAUGGGGAUGGCGAUGGGGAUGGCGAUGGGGAUGGGGAUGGCGAUGGCGAUGGGGAUGGCGAUGGGGAUGGCGAUGGGGAUGGGGAUGGCGAUGGCGAUGGCGAUGGGGAUGGCGAUGGGGAUGGCGAUGGGGAUGGGGAUGGCGAUGGCGAUGGCGAUGGGGAUGGCGAUGGGGAUGGCGAUGGGGAUGGGGAUGGCGAUGGCGAUGGCGAUGGGGAUGGCGAUGGGGAUGGCGAUGGGGAUGGGGAUGGCGAUGGCGAUGGCGAUGGGGAUGGCGAUGGGGAUGGCGAUGGGGAUGGGGAUGGCGAUGGCGAUGGCGAUGGGGAUGGCGAUGGGGAUGGCGAUGGGGAUGGGGAUGGCGAUGGCGAUGGCGAUGGGGAUGGCGAUGGGGAUGGCGAUGGGGAUGGGGAUGGCGAUGGCGAUGGCGAUGGGGAUGGCGAUGGGGAUGGCGAUGGGGAUGGGGAUGGCGAUGGCGAUGGCGAUGGGGAUGGCGAUGGGGAUGGCGAUGGGGAUGGGGAUGGCGAUGGCGAUGGCGAUGGGGAUGGCGAUGGGGAUGGCGAUGGGGAUGGGGAUGGCGAUGGCGAUGGCGAUGGGGAUGGGGAUGGGGAUGGCGAUGGGGAUGGCGAUGGGGAUGGCGAUGGGGAUGGGGAUGGCGAUGGCGAUGGCGAUGGGGAUGGCGAUGGGGAUGGCGAUGGGGAUGGGGAUGGCGAUGGCGAUGGCGAUGGGGAUGGCGAUGGGGAUGGCGAUGGGGAUGGGGAUGGCGAUGGCGAUGGCGAUGGGGAUGGCGAUGGGGAUGGCGAUGGGGAUGGGGAUGGCGAUGGCGAUGGCGAUGGGGAUGGGGAUGGGGAUGGCGAUGGGGAUGGCGAUGGGGAUGGCGAUGGGGAUGGGGAUGGCGAUGGCGAUGGCGAUGGGGAUGGCGAUGGGGAUGGCGAUGGGGAUGGGGAUGGCGAUGGCGAUGGCGAUGGGGAUGGCGAUGGGGAUGGCGAUGGGGAUGGGGAUGGCGAUGGCGAUGGCGAUGGGGAUGGCGAUGGGGAUGGCGAUGGGGAUGGGGAUGGCGAUGGCGAUGGCGAUGGGGAUGGCGAUGGGGAUGGCGAUGGGGAUGGGGAUGGCGAUGGCGAUGGCGAUGGGGAUGGGGAUGGGGAUGGCGAUGGGGAUGGCGAUGGCGAUGGGGAUGGGGAUGGGGAUGGCGAUGGGGAUGGGGAUGGCGAUGGCGAUGGCGAUGGCGAUGGCGAUGGGGAUGGCGAUGGCGAUGGCGAUGGGGAUGGGGAUGGGGAUGGCGAUGGGGAUGGGGAUGGCGAUGGCGAUGGCGAUGGGGAUGGCGAUGGCGAUGGCGAUGGGGAUGGCGAUGGCGAUGGGGAUGGCGAUGGCGAUGGCGAUGGCGAUGGCGAUGGCGAUGGCGAUGGCGAUGGCGAUGGCGAUGGGGAUGGCGAUGGCGAUGGCGAUGGCGAUGGGGAUGGCGAUGGCGAUGGGGAUGGCGAUGGCGAUGGCGAUGGCGAUGGCGAUGGCGAUGGGGAUGGCGAUGGCGAUGGCGAUGGCGAUGGCGAUGGGGAUGGCGAUGGCGAUGGCGAUGGGGAUGGGGAUGGCGAUGGCGAUGGGGAUGGCGAUGGCGAUGGCGAUGGGGAUGGCGAUGGCGAUGGCGAUGGCGAUGGCGAUGGCGAUGGCGAUGGCGAUGGCGAUGGGAUGGGAUGGGGAUGGGGAUGGGGAUGGCGAUGGCGAUGGGAUGGCGAUGGGGAUGGCGAUGGCGAUGGGGAUGGCGAUGGGGAUGGCGAUGGCGAUGGGGAUGGCGAUGGCGAUGGGGAUGGCGAUGGGGAUGGCGAUGGCGAUGGGGAUGGCGAUGGCGAUGGCGAUGGCGAUGGGGAUGGCGAUGGCGAUGGGGAUGGCGAUGGCGAUGGCGAUGGCGAUGGCGAUGGCGAUGGCGAUGGCGAUGGCGAUGGGGAUGGGGAUGGGGAUGGGGAUGGGGAUGGCGAUGGCGAUGGGGAUGGGGAUGGCGAUGGCGAUGGCGAUGGCGAUGGCGAUGGCGAUGGGGAUGGCGAUGGCGAUGGGGAUGGGGAUGGCGAUGGCGAUGGGGAUGGCGAUGGCGAUGGCGAUGGCGAUGGGGAUGGCGAUGGCGAUGGCGAUGGGGAUGGCGAUGGCGAUGGCGAUGGGGAUGGCGAUGGCGAUGGGGAUGGCGAUGGCGAUGGCGAUGGCGAUGGCGAUGGGGAUGGGGAUGGGGAUGGCGAUGGCGAUGGGGAUGGGGAUGGGGAUGGCGAUGGGGAUGGGGAUGGCGAUGGCGAUGGCGAUGGCGAUGGCGAUGGGGAUGGGGAUGGGGAUGGCGAUGGCGAUGGGGAUGGGGAUGGGGAUGGCGAUGGGGAUGGGGAUGGCGAUGGCGAUGGCGAUGGGGAUGGCGAUGGCGAUGGCGAUGGGGAUGGCGAUGGGGAUGGCGAUGGGGAUGGCGAUGGGGAUGGCGAUGGGGAUGGCGAUGGGGAUGGCGAUGGGGAUGGCGAUGGGGAUGGCGAUGGGGAUGGCGAUGGGGAUGGCGAUGGGGAUGGCGAUGGGGAUGGCGAUGGCGAUGGCGAUGGCGAUGGCGAUGGCGAUGGCGAUGGCGAUGGCGAUGGCGAUGGCGAUGGGGAUGGGGAUGGCGAUGGCGAUGGGGAUGGCGAUGGCGAUGGCGAUGGCGAUGGGGAUGGCGAUGGCGAUGGCGAUGGCGAUGGCGAUGGCGAUGGCGAUGGCGAUGGGGAUGGCGAUGGCGAUGGGGAUGGGGAUGGCGAUGGCGAUGGGGAUGGCGAUGGCGAUGGCGAUGGCGAUGGGGAUGGCGAUGGCGAUGGCGAUGGGGAUGGCGAUGGCGAUGGCGAUGGGGAUGGCGAUGGCGAUGGGGAUGGCGAUGGCGAUGGCGAUGGCGAUGGCGAUGGGGAUGGGGAUGGGGAUGGCGAUGGCGAUGGGGAUGGGGAUGGGGAUGGCGAUGGGGAUGGGGAUGGCGAUGGCGAUGGCGAUGGCGAUGGCGAUGGGGAUGGGGAUGGCGAUGGCGAUGGGGAUGGGGAUGGGGAUGGCGAUGGGGAUGGGGAUGGCGAUGGCGAUGGCGAUGGGGAUGGCGAUGGCGAUGGCGAUGGGGAUGGCGAUGGCGAUGGGGAUGGGGAUGGCGAUGGCGAUGGGGAUGGGGAUGGGGAUGGCGAUGGGGAUGGGGAUGGCGAUGGCGAUGGCGAUGGCGAUGGCGAUGGGGAUGGGGAUGGCGAUGGCGAUGGGGAUGGGGAUGGGGAUGGCGAUGGGGAUGGGGAUGGCGAUGGCGAUGGCGAUGGGGAUGGCGAUGGCGAUGGCGAUGGGGAUGGCGAUGGCGAUGGGGAUGGCGAUGGCGAUGGCGAUGGCGAUGGCGAUGGCGAUGGCGAUGGGGAUGGCGAUGGCGAUGGCGAUGGCGAUGGCGAUGGCGAUGGCGAUGGGGAUGGCGAUGGCGAUGGCGAUGGCGAUGGGGAUGGCGAUGGCGAUGGCGAUGGCGAUGGCGAUGGCGAUGGGGAUGGCGAUGGCGAUGGCGAUGGCGAUGGCGAUGGGGAUGGGGAUGGGGAUGGGGAUGGGGAUGGCGAUGGCGAUGGGGAUGGGGAUGGCGAUGGCGAUGGCGAUGGCGAUGGCGAUGGCGAUGGCGAUGGGGAUGGCGAUGGCGAUGGCGAUGGCGAUGGCGAUGGCGAUGGCGAUGGCGAUGGCGAUGGGGAUGGCGAUGGCGAUGGCGAUGGCGAUGGCGAUGGGGAUGGCGAUGGCGAUGGCGAUGGCGAUGGCGAUGGCGAUGGGGAUGGGGAUGGGGAUGGCGAUGGCGAUGGGGAUGGCGAUGGGGAUGGGGAUGGCGAUGGCGAUGGCGAUGGGGAUGGGGAUGGGGAUGGCGAUGGGGAUGGGGAUGGCGAUGGCGAUGGCGAUGGGGAUGGGGAUGGGGAUGGCGAUGGGGAUGGCGAUGGCGAUGGGGAUGGGGAUGGGGAUGGCGAUGGGGAUGGGGAUGGCGAUGGCGAUGGCGAUGGCGAUGGCGAUGGGGAUGGCGAUGGCGAUGGCGAUGGGGAUGGGGAUGGGGAUGGCGAUGGGGAUGGGGAUGGCGAUGGCGAUGGCGAUGGGGAUGGCGAUGGCGAUGGCGAUGGGGAUGGCGAUGGCGAUGGGGAUGGCGAUGGCGAUGGCGAUGGCGAUGGCGAUGGCGAUGGCGAUGGCGAUGGCGAUGGCGAUGGGGAUGGCGAUGGCGAUGGCGAUGGGGAUGGCGAUGGCGAUGGGAUGGCGAUGGCGAUGGCGAUGGCGAUGGCGAUGGCGAUGGCGAUGGGGAUGGCGAUGGCGAUGGCGAUGGCGAUGGGGAUGGCGAUGGCGAUGGCGAUGGGGAUGGGGAUGGCGAUGGCGAUGGGGAUGGCGAUGGCGAUGGCGAUGGGGAUGGCGAUGGCGAUGGCGAUGGCGAUGGCGAUGGCGAUGGCGAUGGCGAUGGCGAUGGCGAUGGGGAUGGGGAUGGGGAUGGGGAUGGCGAUGGCGAUGGGGAUGGCGAUGGGGAUGGCGAUGGCGAUGGGGAUGGCGAUGGGGAUGGCGAUGGCGAUGGGGAUGGCGAUGGCGAUGGGGAUGGCGAUGGGGAUGGCGAUGGCGAUGGGGAUGGCGAUGGCGAUGGCGAUGGCGAUGGGGAUGGCGAUGGCGAUGGGGAUGGCGAUGGCGAUGGCGAUGGCGAUGGCGAUGGCGAUGGGGAUGGGGAUGGGGAUGGGGAUGGGGAUGGCGAUGGCGAUGGGGAUGGGGAUGGGGAUGGCGAUGGCGAUGGCGAUGGCGAUGGCGAUGGCGAUGGCGAUGGGGAUGGCGAUGGCGAUGGGGAUGGGGAUGGCGAUGGCGAUGGGGAUGGCGAUGGCGAUGGCGAUGGCGAUGGGGAUGGCGAUGGCGAUGGCGAUGGCGAUGGGGAUGGCGAUGGCGAUGGCGAUGGGGAUGGCGAUGGCGAUGGGGAUGGCGAUGGCGAUGGCGAUGGCGAUGGCGAUGGCGAUGGCGAUGGCGAUGGCGAUGGGGAUGGCGAUGGCGAUGGCGAUGGCGAUGGGGAUGGCGAUGGCGAUGGCGAUGGGGAUGGGGAUGGCGAUGGCGAUGGGGAUGGCGAUGGCGAUGGCGAUGGGGAUGGCGAUGGCGAUGGGGAUGGCGAUGGCGAUGGCGAUGGCGAUGGGGAUGGGGAUGGGGAUGGCGAUGGCGAUGGGGAUGGCGAUGGGGAUGGCGAUGGCGAUGGGGAUGGCGAUGGGGAUGGCGAUGGCGAUGGGGAUGGCGAUGGCGAUGGGGAUGGCGAUGGGGAUGGCGAUGGCGAUGGGGAUGGCGAUGGCGAUGGCGAUGGGGAUGGCGAUGGCGAUGGGGAUGGCGAUGGCGAUGGCGAUGGCGAUGGCGAUGGCGAUGGCGAUGGCGAUGGCGAUGGCGAUGGCGAUGGGGAUGGGGAUGGGGAUGGGGAUGGGGAUGGCGAUGGCGAUGGGGAUGGCGAUGGGGAUGGCGAUGGCGAUGGGGAUGGCGAUGGGGAUGGCGAUGGCGAUGGGGAUGGCGAUGGCGAUGGCGAUGGCGAUGGGGAUGGCGAUGGCGAUGGGCAUGGCGAUGGCGAUGGCGAUGGCGAUGGCGAUGGCGAUGGCGAUGGCGAUGGCGAUGGGGAUGGGGAUGGGGAUGGGGAUGGGGAUGGCGAUGGCGAUGGGGAUGGGGAUGGCGAUGGGGAUGGCGAUGGCGAUGGCGAUGGCGAUGGCGAUGGCGAUGGGGAUGGGGAUGGCGAUGGCGAUGGGGAUGGGGAUGGCGAUGGCGAUGGGGAUGGGGAUGGCGAUGGCGAUGGCGAUGGGGAUGGCGAUGGCGAUGGCGAUGGGGAUGGCGAUGGCGAUGGCGAUGGGGAUGGGGAUGGCGAUGGCGAUGGCGAUGGCGAUGGGGAUGGCGAUGGCGAUGGGGAUGGGGAUGGCGAUGGCGAUGGCGAUGGGGAUGGCGAUGGCGAUGGCGAUGGGGAUGGCGAUGGCGAUGGGGAUGGCGAUGGCGAUGGCGAUGGCGAUGGCGAUGGCGAUGGCGAUGGCGAUGGGGAUGGCGAUGGCGAUGGCGAUGGCGAUGGGGAUGGCGAUGGCGAUGGCGAUGGCGAUGGGGAUGGCGAUGGCGAUGGCGAUGGGGAUGGCGAUGGCGAUGGGGAUGGCGAUGGCGAUGGCGAUGGCGAUGGCGAUGGCGAUGGCGAUGGCGAUGGGGAUGGCGAUGGCGAUGGCGAUGGCGAUGGGGAUGGCGAUGGCGAUGGCGAUGGGGAUGGGGAUGGCGAUGGCGAUGGGGAUGGCGAUGGCGAUGGCGAUGGGGAUGGCGAUGGCGAUGGGGAUGGCGAUGGCGAUGGCGAUGGCGAUGGCGAUGGCGAUGGCGAUGGCGAUGGCGAUGGGGAUGGGGAUGGGGAUGGGGAUGGGGAUGGGGAUGGCGAUGGCGAUGGGGAUGGCGAUGGCGAUGGCGAUGGGGAUGGCGAUGGGGAUGGCGAUGGCGAUGGGGAUGGCGAUGGCGAUGGGGAUGGCGAUGGGGAUGGCGAUGGCGAUGGGGAUGGCGAUGGCGAUGGCGAUGGCGAUGGCGAUGGGGAUGGCGAUGGCGAUGGGGAUGGCGAUGGCGAUGGCGAUGGCGAUGGCGAUGGCGAUGGCGAUGGCGAUGGGGAUGGGGAUGGGGAUGGGGAUGGGGAUGGGGAUGGCGAUGGCGAUGGGGAUGGGGAUGGCGAUGGGGAUGGCGAUGGCGAUGGCGAUGGCGAUGGCGAUGGCGAUGGCGAUGGCGAUGGCGAUGGGGAUGGCGAUGGCGAUGGGGAUGGGGAUGGCGAUGGCGAUGGGGAUGGGGAUGGCGAUGGCGAUGGCGAUGGGGAUGGCGAUGGCGAUGGCGAUGGGGAUGGCGAUGGCGAUGGCGAUGGGGAUGGGGAUGGCGAUGGCGAUGGCGAUGGGGAUGGCGAUGGCGAUGGGGAUGGGGAUGGCGAUGGCGAUGGCGAUGGCGAUGGGGAUGGGGAUGGCGAUGGCGAUGGGGAUGGGGAUGGCGAUGGCGAUGGCGAUGGCGAUGGGGAUGGGGAUGGCGAUGGCGAUGGCGAUGGGGAUGGGGAUGGGGAUGGGGAUGGGGAUGGCGAUGGCGAUGGGGAUGGGGAUGGCGAUGGCGAUGGGGAUGGGGAUGGCGAUGGCGAUGGGGAUGGGGAUGGCGAUGGCGAUGGCGAUGGCGAUGGGGAUGGGGAUGGCGAUGGCGAUGGGGAUGGGGAUGGCGAUGGCGAUGGCGAUGGCGAUGGCGAUGGGGAUGGGGAUGGCGAUGGGGAUGGGGAUGGCGAUGGCGAUGGCGAUGGGGAUGGGGAUGGCGAUGGCGAUGGGGAUGGGGAUGGCGAUGGCGAUGGGGAUGGGGAUGGCGAUGGCGAUGGCGAUGGCGAUGGCGAUGGGGAUGGGGAUGGCCUGCAAGAAUAGUGGCGAUGGGAAGUUUGAGACAAGAAAUCGAGGAGAGUUAGAGGGGCGAGGGAGGAGAGCGAUAAGAGGGAGGAGAGCGACGAGAGAAUGA